AUGGGUGGGAAUGAUCCAGUGAUGGAAUCUUUCUUGAAUUCCAUCCAAGUGGUCAAGAAUGCUUUUUCGCCAUUGGAAUCUAGUGUAAGAAAGGCCACCAAGGAUUUUGAGCAGUGUUGGCCUCAUAUUACCUUCAAGAAAGGGUGUUCUACUGUUAGUACUGAUAGCAAUGAUGAUCAGAGUAAUGUAAAUUUGGGCGCCCCGGGGCAGUUGGGGUUUAGGAAGAAGAAUAAUAACGGUGGGGGUGUGGGCAAUGUGUGGGCUGAGAGUGUUGCAAAAAUGGGGUUGAAAGAGAUGGAUGUGGAAAUGGUGGGAAAGAGGAUGGGGGUUGCAGCUUUUCCUAGCCCCUUUAAACAUGGGAAGAAAAGGAUUCAGAGGGUUUGUGAUGAGAAUGCUGUUGGUGGUGGGACACCGCGUGUUUCAUGUGAGGUUAAGGAGAAAGGGUCCAAAAUGGGAGGUGGUAUGGAGUUCUGUGACGAAUACUUGAAGGAAAAGGAGGAAAAAGGUUUGUCAUUGGAGUGUUUUCUUGGUUUUAUAGUUGAUCAGUUCAUUCAAAAUGUUCAGAAGUUUGAUGUGAGAAUGCAGGAAAUUAAGUGCAGCAGCACUGCCGGUGGUGAGUCCGGUCCAGUUGCUGAUGAUCAGUUUGAUCAUUUGAGGGCGCUUGCUAGUAUUUUGGAAGGAAGAGGUGAUAUUGGAGUUAACAAUGCUGAAACUCAGGAAGGGAGUGCGGGUGGCAAUUCCCCGCAAAAGUUAGCAAAUGGGUUGCUUAGCAUUCCCUUAUCAAAUGUUGAGCGUCUGAGAUCCAGCUUGUCAACUGUGUCAUUGACAGAACUGAUUGAGCUUUUACCUCAAGUUGGGAGACCAUCAAAAGACCACCCUGACAAGAAGAAGUUGUUCUCAGUCCAGGAGAUGUUCAGUUGGAGGGUAGACAUUUCAGCUUGUCGUGUACAAGAUUUAUAUAUUAGCCCUGAUGGUAAAGCAAGCUUGUCGCAAAAGAUGCAUAGACAAAUAUUUGCUUCUCUGUACUCAUGUUUCCUUGCAGUCUCUCUGGAGUUGUUUUCAGGCAUCCGGUUCGAAAAAACGGAAAGUUCUAGUAAGCUCGGGGAGCAUGGGAAUCCACCAAAUGUGUAG